AUGUACAUUAAGUAUGAUCAGAGUUCAAAUUAUACAAGGGCCAGCAAUGAACUAUUGCAAAGAGUGAAUUGCAUAAUAACUCAAGGUUAACCUGAUCAUUUAGGAUUGCUAAACUCCUUGUGA